UCAAAAUCGAAACAGAGCAUAAGCAUUCAUGAAGCAGCAACCACCAUCUUUAUUACAUCCUCAACAACACAACACACUUUCACUUCAAUUCUGUACAACAAGCUAAGUGUUCAUCUCUUUUCUCUCUCUACAAUUUUCUUGCCAGCAUCAGAAAAUGGCAGGAAUUGUAAUUAUACCAGUCGUCAAAUGGCUUCUUGUUUUCUCUCUUUUCACCACCACCACCAUUGUUACAGCCACCGACAAAAGCCCUUCAUCAAAGAAUACGUACAUAAUAUAUAUGGAUAAGUUGGCAAAGCCUGAAGAAUUCAGCGACCACAAACAGUGGUAUUCGUCACUGAUUAAAUCGGUUACAACAAAAACUGACGAAUACGACGAAAAAACGGGAGAAUAUGAAAACGAUGACGACAGGAUAAUUUACAGUUACGAGACCGCAUUUCACGGCGUUGCCGCCCGUUUAAACGGGGAUGAAGUUGAGAAACUGCAAGGGCAAAACGGGGUGACGGCGGUUUUCCCGGAAACUGUAUACCAACUGCACACCACCAGGAGUCCCAUGUUUCUCGGGCUCGACCGUGAAGACAGCACGAGCGCUUUUUCCGACAAACUCUCCGAUUAUGACGUCGUUGUCGGAGUUCUGGACACCGGAAUAUGGCCGGAGAGCCCGAGCUUCAACGACACCGGAAUGACCCGAAUUCCGGCCCACUGGAAGGGCACGUGCGAAACGGGUCGGGGGUUCGCUAAAAGCCACUGCAGCAGAAAGAUUGUCGGCGCUCGUGUGUUCUACCGCGGCUACGAGGCGGCGUCGGGGAAAAUCAACGAGCAGGAUGAGUACAAAUCGCCCCGGGAUGAGGACGGCCACGGCACCCACACGGCGGCGACGGUUGCCGGAGUUCCGGUUCGUGGCGCGAAUCUGUUGGGAUAUGCUUACGGUACUGCACGGGGAAUGGCACCCGGAGCGAGGGUUGCUGCUUAUAAAGUUUGCUGGAAAAGUGGGUGCUUCAGCUCGGACAUUCUCUCCGCCGUUGAUCGGGCGGUUGCCGACGGGGUGAAUGUUUUGUCGAUCUCCUUAGGCGGCGGAGUUUCGUCUUACUAUCGGGAUAGUUUGUCGAUUGGCGCUUUUGGCGCCAUGGAAAAGGGAGUGUUUAUUUCUUGUUCAGCUGGAAAUGGUGGCCCCGAUCCGAUUAGUUUAACAAAUGUUUCGCCGUGGGUGACUACUGUCGGAGCUAGUACUAUGGACAGAGAUUUUCCGGCGACGGUUAAGCUCGGAACAGGGGAGAUUCUCACCGGCGCUUCACUCUACAGAGGUCAGAGAAACUUGCUUGUAAACAAGCAGUAUCCAUUAAUCUACCACGGGAGUAACUCGAGCAACCUAACACCAAGCUCAAUGUGCUUGGAAGGAACUCUCGACAAACGCUCCGUCGCCGGAAAGAUCGUGAUCUGCGACAGGGGAAUCAGCCCCCGCGUCCAGAAGGGGCAAGUGGUGAAAGACGCCGGCGGAAUCGGCAUGAUUCUUUCCAACACCGCCUCCAACGGGGAGGAGCUCGUCGCAGACUGUCAUCUUCUUCCGGCGGUGGCCGUCGGCGAAUCAAAGGGGAACAGCAUCAAGCACUACGCCGCAGCAAACAGAAACCCCACCGCAACCCUAGCGUACCUCGGUACCAAAUUAGGUAUCCGGCCGUCGCCGGUGGUGGCGGCUUUUUCCUCCAGAGGACCAAAUAUCCUCUCCCUGGAGAUAUUAAAACCCGACAUGGUCGCACCGGGGGUCAACAUUCUCGCCGCCUGGACCGGUGAAUUGGGACCGUCGAGUUUACCGACAGAUCUCCGCCGAACAAAGUUCAACAUACUCUCCGGAACUUCAAUGUCUUGCCCCCAUGUGAGCGGCAUAGCCGCCUUGAUAAAAUCCAAGCAUCCAGAUUGGAGUCCAGCCGCCAUUAAAUCUGCACUGAUGACCACAGCUUACGUCCAUGAUAACACCCAUAACCCACUGAAAGAUGCCUCCGCAGCUACACCGUCGACGCCUUACGACCACGGCGCCGGCCAUAUAUACCCGAUCAAAGCUCUCGACCCUGGUUUGGUCUACGACAUCGGUGCACAGGAUUACUACGAUUUUCUCUGUGCUCAAGGGCUUACAUCAUCGGAGCUGGCAGUUUUCUCGAAAUUCUCCAACAGAACUUGCCGCCAUUCUCUCGCAACUUCCGGCGACUUGAACUACCCUGCAAUCUCAGCAGUUCUGCCGGAGAACGCAAGCACCACCAGUAUGGUUCUGACACUCCACAGAACGGUGACCAACGUGGGCCCCACCGUUUCGAGUUACCACGUGGCGAUUUCGCCGUUCAGAGGGGCGUUUGUGAAGGUUGAGCCGGCGAGACUGGAUUUCACCGCUAAAGUGAAGAAGAUAACUUACAAGAUUACUUUCACGGCGAGAUCUCGACAAACGGCGCCGGAGUUUGGUUCCAUUAUAUGGAAAGAUGGUGGGGUCCACAGAGUGAGAAGCCCCGUUGUGAUUACGUGGCUAACGCCGUUAUAAUAAGAUUACGUGGCCCACAUAAUAAGGAGAUUAUUAUUGUUAGAUCGAUCCCAAUGUUUGUUUCUUUUUCCCCGCUUUCAAUUCAAUGAAAAUUCUCCUUUUCUUGCUA